AGGGCGGCAGAAGAAGACAAACAAACGCUUCAAACAAACAGUUUCUUCGAUUCCUUCAAACCUUUCGGCAGCUAACAAACACACUGUGGCGACCAAAACAUUAAAAAAUCCUGCAGAAAAUGAUGCACAGAUUUUAAUAUGGCCCAUUUUGUCGCUAGGGACUCAAAUCCUCGGUCCCUCAGGAUCUCCCUCAUGCAGCUGAGUAAGAGGGAGCUCCAUAAAUACGCUCCCCUGCUUACAAGUGAUGAUGACAUGGAAUCAGAUGAUGAAGCUCUUCAGACUCCACUCUCUCCAGGCAAGAGGCGGAAAUGCAACAAACAAAUCAGUGGAAGUCCUGAUCACGAUGAUGACAGUGUGUCAGGUGAGGAAAGGUCCACUGAAAUGCACAAGGACCGUCCAUUGUGGACACAUAGCUACCUGAGCCCAAUUGACAGUGAUGUAGAUGAUGGUUCCUUAAAGCACCGGAGAAGAGGUGGCCCUAAAAGUGCUAAACGACAAACAAAGAGUGCACAACAGGAUGCUGGAAGUGCUGAAGUGAAGGAGAAGCCUAAAAGAGGACAUAAGGCCAAACAGAUUAAGGGUUGUAAAUUCAUCAGCCCGGCAGAAAAUGAAUCUAGGUCAGAAAGCGGUGUUUCAAAAGUGCCACAGAAGAAAAGAGGUCGCCCAAAAAAAGUAAAGCAAGCUGAGAAUGUAUCAGAGAGCUCAGACCAGGAAUCCAAAACCAAUGCCAGUAGAAAAGAAAAGGAACAGAACCAUAAACAGACCAAUAAACAUAUCCCAACAGAGACUGCUUCUGACCCUGAAAAUGAGGUCGCUGCCAAGAGGGCAAAGAAACAGAAAGCACAGACCUCCAAGAAGCCAAGAGGACAGCGUAGCACUGCUCCAGCAAGCGCUGCAACACCAAACCACAGUUUGUCUGGCUUGGAGGACACAGCAGGGCGUCAGAAAAACAAAUCGUCUGUCCAGAACUUUGAAAGAAGUUCGGACUUGGAAGAUGACGGAUCAAGAGGUAGUAGCCCUGGGCACUCGGAUAAACAUACUGAUGACUCUGGUAAUGAAGUAGAAUCAGCCUCAUUGAAACAGAGUUGCAAAAAAUUCAGAAAGAACAGAAAAAGCAGUUGGGGUCUUAAAGACCCUUCCAGUUCCUCCGAGUCAGAGGAUGACGAGAAGAAGCAGCGCAGGAAAAAAACGAGCAAGGGAAAGAGGCUAGCUUCAGGGGACUCUGAUUUCCUGGAGUGGCCUAUAGGUGGUUCCUCAGCCAGGCCGCGCGCCAAGAAAAACGAGGUAAGACAGCGCAAGCCAAAAGGUCCAAUUGAGUGCAAAAUAUGUGGCCGGAACAUCAGAUGCAAGGCCAUAAUGGAGAGGCACAUGCUCACCCACACUGGCGAAAAACCGUUCGAAUGUGAUGAAUGUGGCAGACGCUACACCAGCAGUUCCAACCUGCGCAUCCACCAGCAGAGCCACACUGGCAAGAUGGACUACUCCUGCGAAGAAUGCGGGCAGAAGUUCACACACCUACCCUACCUGAAGCGCCACCUGCUCAGGCACUCGGGCAAGAAGCUGCACAUAUGCGACCAGUGCGGCAAAGGCUUCAUCCAGAAGUACCACCUGACGCGCCACUUGCUGGUGCACUCGGGCAAGAUGCCCUACGCUUGCGACAAGUGCGACGCCAGCUUCAACCGCACAGACUACCUCAGCCUGCACAUGCGCAACGUGCACCUGAGUGAGUGCAGCGAAAACGACAUCAAGCCCGAGGUCAAGAGGCCCUACAAGUGCGACGUGUGCGAGAAAGCGUUCGCCACACGCACCACCCUGGAGGCGCACGCACGCGUGCACUCGGGAAUUAAGCCUUAUUCAUGCAACAUUUGCCAGCGCAAGUUUAAACAGUCAAGUCAGAUGCACUCGCACAUGCGCACACAUUCGGGAGAGAAGCCUCACUCCUGCAACUUGUGCGGAAUGAAGUUCGCACGCAGAAACUAUGUUAAGGUCCACAAGGAAAAGAGGCAUGCGGCUAAAAACGACUCUCCGCAAAGUUCGUGAUCUUUCAUUCACCGUUCAAGAAGGCGAGAAUAUUACUUCACAGACAACCUUUAUUAAUGUAUUUUGUAUUUUAUUUUUUAUUUGAUACUUGGCACUUGAAGAUCAGUAUAGUAUAUAUGUCAGUGGACAUGCACAGACAAGACAAAGCGGCCUCAGCUUUGCACCUUGACAGUGACGAUCUGUUUCUGUUUUUAUCAUGGAUCUCUCAUUUUGUUAGCCUAUAAGUUUUUCAUUGGAAAUUAGUCCAUGGGAUAGUAUUUAUAAAAACAUCGGUUUUCUCUUUGAUCACCUUUUUGGUUCUGUCAAAUAUUCCUUUCAAAGAUUUCCUUCGUAAAUUUUACAUUUGCAAUUGCAGACUCUUUCUUUCUUUCUUUUCCUUAAGAAAGUGCUGAAAUGUUAGAUUAAGCUCUAGCAGUACAAACUGAUAUUGGUGUAAGUUAGUCAAGAAAUGAAUGUACUUUAAAAUUCAAAUUUUAUGAAUAAUAUUUUUAUUCAUAUAUAUUUUUAAAAUAAUACUGAAAAGCAUCACAGUGUUUGGAAUGUAAGGCCGCUUGUGCCCUGCAGAGGGCAGCACACUCAUGUUGCUACAUGCCAGUUACAUGGGAGAAAGCUUGCACUUUCUACACUGUAUACAUUUAUGAAGAACACUUCAAUGGGUGUGUGCAAACUAUGUUUAUAUUGUUCAUACCGCUGUUGUCGGAAGAAAACCUCGUAUCUCCAUUUUUGUUGUUUUUCAGUUUUUGACAUAAUUUGAAAAUACAUGUUGGCCUUUAUAUUGUGUAUAAAUUUCAUGAUGAAUGGACCAAAAGAAACGGCCCAGAAUGACUUGGAAAAAAGUCUGGUUCCAUUGACUUACAUUAAACGUAAAGUAGUUUUUUUCCUUCUCCUGUAAAGUUUUCAUUUUCAGAGAUACAAGGUUUCUUUUGACAACAGCAAUAUAUUACUUUAUAAUACAUAUCCCAGAAUACACUAUACGGCACACUGUUUAGUAGCCAUUGUAUUGGUUAGGACCCAGUGGUUCUUACACCAGACCUCUGGGACCUCCAGCUUGUUGACAUUUUUUCUCUAUCCUUAUGUGUUGCAGUUUAGGUUGUUGCAAAAAUAUGGA